CGAAGGCAGGGGAGGAAGGGGGUUAAACCGGGUGGGGGAAACUGGGAUUCCAGCCCAGAGGACACGAAGGCGAGGGCCAGGAGAUGGAGCUCAGCGUUCCGGGAGAGCUGUGAGUAGAGGCUGCAACGGUCUCACCACCUCCCGGAACCCGCCGUGCGCUGCUGAAGGACGCCAGGGGGCACCUCUGUCGCCCUGGGGGCGGGUCGCGCCGGCUGGGACCGGGCGCACCCGAGCGCUUCCCGGCCAGGAGGGCCAAUGAGCCGGCGGUUCCCGGCUGACCGCGUUUACUCCCGCUGCCUCGAUCUCCUGGAGGACCGCGCCAGGGGGAAAGGCCAGAACCGUCGGAUCCAGACCGAAAUCCUGCGCCCCAUUUAGAGGCGGUGGACCUCAGGCAAGUUACCGGACCUCUGUGCGUCUCGGCUCUCUGCUACCUACCCCAGGGAAAACUGUUGCGAGGAUUAAAUGAGGAUGCUCUGGCGAUUUGUCUCCCUCUUCUCGGAACUGGAGGCGAAGCAGCUUCGCCGGCUCUACAAGUACACCAAGAGCAACCAGACAGCCAAGUUCCUGGUGGCAUUGUACCCCUUGGAUGCACCGGAGAGCUUCUUGUUGGCUGACCAGGAAGACAGUCUGCCCAAGCUCUGCAAUGCCUGGGGGCUGCAUGGCAACAUCAGUGGCAUGAAGGAGAGGCUGUCCAAGAUCCAGGCCCCAGGUCUAGAGAACUCCCUGCUGGGGGAGCCAUGGCCCAGUGUCCACGUCCAGAGAGGUUCUUUAAGGAAGCCUCCUCAAAAACCAAAAGUGAAGAGAAAGAGGAUUAAGGAAUCCCCAGAAGCCCUGGAUACUGUCCCAUAGGAGGAGCCAGCUGGGACAGAGCUGGCUCACCUGGGUCCCAGGGCACCUACCUGUCUAGCACCCAUGCCCUGGGCAGAUGGGGACCAGUGAGGGGAAAAAAGGAAGUCGUAUUUAUCAAAAGGAUGUUGAAGUCUUAAUUAUGAUUAAAUGGGGUGGGAAAUAAACAUCCUUAAGACAAUUCAUAACUCUCAACAUUCAUUCAUUUAUUUGUUUUAAAAAAUAUUUGUUAGCACUUUC